UGGCCGUGCGCCCGGAGGCAGCGGCGGCGGCGCGGCGGCGGCGACAUGGCUAUUGUCCCUGAGGAUGAGUUUCAUCACAGUUCAAACUCCACCUACAGAAGCAUAAGCAGCUCUCUCCGAGCUGAGCAGGAGGCCCUGCUCGAGAGGCAGCAGGACUGCCUGUCCCCUGGCCUGCAGAGGCCCGAGGACCGCUUCAACGCCACCUACAUCAUCUUCUUCAGCCUGGGCGUUGGCAGCCUAAUGCCAUGGAGCUUCUUCAUCACUGCCAAGGAGUACUGGAUGUUCAAACUCAGCAAUUCCUCCAGCUCGGCUACAGGAGAGGACUCUGGGGGCUCAGACAUCCUGAACUACUUUGAGAGCUACCUUGCCGUCGCCUCCACCGUGCCCUCCGUGCUGUGCCUGCUGGCCAACUUCCUGCUUGUCAACAGGGUUUCCGUCUAUGUGCGAGUCCUGGCCUCCCUGACCAUCAUCCUGGCCAUCUUCAUGGUGAUGAUCCUGCUGGUGAAGGUGGACACCUCCUCCUGGACCCACGGCUUCUUUGCGAUCACCAUUGUCUGCAUGGUGAUCAUGAGCAGUGCCUCUACCGUCUUCAGCAGCAGCAUCUACGGCAUGACGGGCUCCUUCCCUAUGAGGAAUUCCCAGGCGCUGUUAUCAGGAGGAGCCAUGGGUGGGACCGUCUGCGCCGUGGCCUCGCUGGUGGACAUGGCAGCAUCCAGUGACGUGAGUGACAGCGCCCUGGCCUUCUUCCUGACGGCUGUCAUCUUCCUUGGGCUCUGCAUGGGGCUGUACCUGCUGCUGCCCAGGCUGGAGUACGCCAGGUACUACAUGAGGCCCAUUUGUCCGACCCGUGUGUUUUCUGGUGAUGAGGAGCCGCCCCAGGACUCUCCCAGCACCCCUUUGGUGGCCCCCGGAUCCAGUGACUCCCACAUACCACCGCUGCGCCCCAUCCUGAAGACGACGGCUGGCCUGGGCUUCUGUGUCCUCUACGUCUUCUUCAUCACCAGCCUCAUCUACCCCGCCAUCUGCACCAAUAUCGAGUCCCUCGACAAGGGCUCAGGCUCCCCGUGGACCACCAAGUUCUUCGUCCCCAUCACCGUCUUCCUACUGUACAACUUCGCUGACCUGUGUGGCCGGCAGCUCACGGCCUGGAUCCAGGUGCCCGGGCCCAAGAGCAAGGUGCUCCCGGGGCUCGUGCUGCUCCGGACCUGCUUCGUCCCCCUCUUCAUGCUCUGUAACUACCAGCCCCGUGUCCACCUGCGGACGGUGGUCUUCCAGUCUGACGUCUACCCCAUCCUCUUCUGCUCCCUGCUGGGGCUCAGCAAUGGCUACCUCAGCACCCUGGCUCUCAUCUACGGGCCUAAGAUCGUGCCCAGGGAGCUGGCCGAGGCCACGGGGGUGGUGUUGACCUUUUACUUGUGCAUGGGCUUGCUGCUGGGCUCGGCCUGCUCUGCCCUGCUGGUGCACCUCAUCUAGGAAGGGAGCUGGAGGACAUCGGUGCUGCCUGAUGCUUCGGAGCCUCUGCAAGAUGGGGAGGCGGAGCCUGGGAGGCUCGGGUGUGGAGGAAGGGGCUAGAGUUUCACUUGGUGCAGAGAGCAGAGCACACUCGGGCCUCAUCUCUCCCAGGAUGCCAGCAAGCCAUGUCCACGCCCGUCCCAUGCAAGGCAGAGGCGUUCCAGACAGGUUUUAACAGAGCACUCCUGCGACAUUUGAAGAAGACACGGUUACAAAGCAGGGGUGUCACCUUCAUAGCCGAUGGUUAACAUUCCACCUUCUCCAUAGCCCCUCGGAAAGGUGUGGCCAGCGUUGGACUCUGAGUUUUUACAAAGCCAGUGCCAAAACCCAGCCGCAGGCUCUACGUAUUCUUCCAGCCUUGCUCCUUCCAGCUGACAGCAAGAUGUGAGAGAAUUCUCAGCACUCCCUACCCUUAGGGGGCCCCCUGGAGAGGAAGUCCCCCGGGAUGGCCAGUAUUCAGGCCCCACACCCAAGUGUGAACAGACCCACGCGUUCUGUGGGUGAAAGACCACAUACCAACCAGACCAGAAAACCCAGAAAGACAGGCCUUCUAUAAACAGGCUUCAUUCCAGAGGGUCCAGAGGGACCAGAGGGCCUCCCUGUGCUAGGGACCAGCGUGGCAGGCCUGGGUUUUCAAACAGAUCCCAUGGCCUGGCAGUCAGUGGCCUGGGUCAGGGCAGAGAUCUUCUAAUCUUCAUGUUGACAGCAUCGAGAAGUUGGCCCCAGAACAACAGGUCAAGGCCACUGG